GCCAGUGAGUGACCGAAGUCACAUAGCUCCGCUCGCUUCUAUUCCUUAACUACAGCGCUUAGCUGUUCUUCGUCCUUCCUUUCCUCAUCAGUGUACAGAAUGACCGAAGGCAAGUAGUAACGAUUGUAGUUAAUAUAGAUACAGUUGUUAGCUUACAAUAACUCUUGAUUUUUAAUAGCUAAAGAGUUAUUUGAAAAGCAAUUGGCAGAUCUGACGAAGCAACUAACAGUAAAUAGAAAUGACGAUAAGCUAACAGCCAAUACUCUGCUUGAAAGGGGAAAAAUAUAUGAAGAAUUAGGUCAAAUUGACCGAGCAAUAGAAGAUGUCCAGACGGCUCUUAAACGUCAUAAGGAUGUAGAACAACAUGCUAAAAGCAUGCUUUUGCACUUAACUACCCUUAAACAGUCACCUCAGAAACUGUCUACAGUUGAUACCAUUAUUAAUAAUACCCAGGAACCUGAAAUUGACAUACGUCUUACUUCCUUUCAAAAAUGUUUGAUGAAUAUUGAUGAUCCUACUGAUAACUCCAAAAUCCGCACAUUCGUUGACUCUAAUGACUUUGUACAAGUUCUUACAGCUUGCGGUACGCCUAGCACGCCAUCCCGCGUCAGAAGUCUAGCCUUCAUGGUUUUAACCAAGCUUUUCAAUCCAUCCACUACUCAAAAGGAUCAUCCAAUGACGUUUAUCAUUGAAAAAUGUGCCGCAUGUUUUGCGCAAUGUAUUGAUCAAGGAAAGAAUGAAUCAAAGCUCCUUGCUUACCGCACCUUAAACGCUAUUUUCCAAGCAAGCAUGACAGUAGGUGCGGCUAUUUUAUGUCAAGAGGGAACUGUAGAGGAGAUGAUGGAUGUUGUAGAGUUUGAAAUUGAGCCUGUUCAAUUGGCCAUCGCAGAGCUUUUGUGCAUCGCUUCGUCUGAUAAAUCAUGUAGAAAGCAGAUCUUAGCAUACGCUACUAAUUGGCUGGCAAAAAUGGCUAGUCAAACAAAGACAGACACUCAGUUAAAAGCAGCGGCAAGUACAGCAUUAGCUAAAUUAAAAGCUCAGAACGAUUUGUCCGAGAGUGAUGAUAUACCUACGGUUGUCAACAGAACUGUUGAUCCCACGAAUACUGGAGCUCAUGAUCAACUGGAAGAUGCUAUGCGUAAAAUGAAUUUGACCGAUGAUAAACUCAUCGAUGCUUUAUGUGAAACAAUCGUAUCAAAUUCAUCGGAUGUCACUUCAAUAUUGAAUUCCGUAGAAGGUCUAGCCUAUUCUAGUCUGAAACCAAAUGUCAAAGAGAAGCUGGGUAGCAACGAAGACUUUCUGAAAUGCUUAUCAGCAUUGGCUGUAAGUGCAGCAAAUGAUAAUUUAGCAAUCAACAACCCUCUACUGUUUGGCAUCGGUACUAUAUUUGCCAAUUUGACAAUGUACAAGCCGGUUCUGGACGAGCAACAGAAACAGAUGAAAAAAUUACGUGAUCUCGCCAAUGCCAAACAAAAACAGGCAGCCGCAGGCGUUAAAAGUGUUUACACAGAGGAUGCAGCAAUUGCAAACGAUCCCACAGACGAUGAUGAAGCUGUGGAGGAACGCAUUAAAAGGUCUGUAAAGAAUGGUGUUGCCGUAGCGUUGAUGGUACUUGCAAAGAGUCAAAGCGUCAAUCUAAGAGCUAUAGCUGCACAGACAUAUUUAAAUUUGGUCACACCACAGAGUACGAGAGGUCAAUUGUUGCAACAAGGUAUUGUGAAGAGCUUACUACUAUUGACGAGAGAUACGACAAUAGACGAUAUAGGUAUAAUAGCAUCACAAGCCUUGGCGAAAUUAGCUAUCACUACAGAUCCUCGCAUAGCUUUUCAAGGCGGCGCCUUACUCGAUUUAGUAAGACCAUUUUUGAAUCUAUGUAAAGACAGCAAGAGUCAGUUGCGUCAAUUUGAAGGGCUGAUGGCAUUAACAAAUCUGGCAUCCGUGGAUGAUCGGGUUCGACUAUCAAUUGAUAAAGCUGGUGGUAUGGCUAUCUUCGAAAACUUGCAGCUUUCAGAUCAUAAUAUGGUACAGCGAGCAGCAACGGAAAUGGUGUGUAAUAUGACUUUUUGUGAGCCUGUAUUUGAUCGUUAUAGUGAUCCUAGGAAAUCGCAAAACAAAAUUCGUCUAUUAAUGAUUUUAUCUGAUCACGAAGACCCAGCGACAAGAAGGGCUGCAUCCGGCGCUCUUGCUAUAUUAGCGAAUAGUAAAGGCACGUGUGAAAUGAUAUUGAAAGUGGAUAAGGCCUAUGAGAGAAUAUUACGUUGGCUGGAUGUUGAAGAAACAGCAGAUGUACAGCAUAGAGGCAUUGAAGUGAUUCGUUGUUUGAUAGAAUAUGAAGGGGGGAAAGUAGUGAAAGGAUUGAUGGGAGAAGGUGUGGAUAAAAGGUUGAUAACUUUGAUCCAAAAAUGCCAAGUACCUGCAGUUCAAAGUGCAGCUGUUGAAGUUUUAAGAAUGUUUUCCAAGAACGGCGCACAAAUUACUUUGUCAAAUUGAUGAAAAGGUCCAUUUGAGGUUAGAAGAUAACUAUUAUACUUUUUAUGUUAUGUAAUAAAAAGGAAAAGGAUGUUAGAAGGAGUAUCCGAGCAGUACCGUGUAUUCACCACCGGGUGCCUUUUCAGUCAC